AUGAGCAGAAUGGAGAAGCUGCCCAACCUAGUGGACGUGUACCAGCCGGCCAAGAAGCUCGGCACGAGACAGCUGCCGCUGGUCGUCGACAGUAACUUAACGCUGGUGAUGGACAUCAAGAACUCGAACAUCAUCAGCGACAGCCAAACGCUCAGCAACAAGGAGCUGAACGAGUAUAUGACGAAGCUGGGCGUGCUCAGCCCCGAACAGCUGAAGGCUUCGCUGCAGAUCUCCAAGACGGCGCUGCUCGAAGUGCUCAAUCAGAGCGUGCCCUGCGUGGGCUGCCGCCGCAGUGUGGAGGGGCUCUACUACCAGCUGCUGAGCUUCGGCCACCCCACGUUGGACCCCAUAGUGGUGAGGGGCGACGGCACCAUCACGUUGAGGCCGGAGAAGCAUUCGUACAACGUCCUGGCCAACAUCUUCCAUGAUCAUGCACAGCGCCUCAAGACGCUGAUCGACACGCAGCCGAAGCGCAACAAGAAGAGCGUCCGCUGCCUGCUGCACUCGCUGGACUGGCAGCGGAUCCGGCCGGUCACUCCAGUGUGGCGCGACAUCUGGAACUGCAUGAAGUCGGACUGCCGCAAAGACAUCUGCAUCAUUGAGAGCGCCUGCCUCUACGCCACGCUGGAGAACUACCUGCGGCAGCACCGCUUUUGCGGAGAGUGUCGCAUCAAGGUGGUCAAGGCUUACACAUUGUUGGUGGAGGAGGCGGACCCCAGCAAGGAGAAGGGGUACGUGCCGGCGCUCUACUCGGGCAUCAAGCGCUGCCUCCAAGACAAACACAUCCACCUGAACCCCAAAACCGAGUACAUCACCAAGCUGAUAAAUCGGGCGGAGCCCGAGCUGUUGGGCAGCCGUAGGGAGCGGCACGCCAAGACGCUGGAGAUUGCGCAGGAGGAGGUGCUCACCUGCCUGGGCAUCUGCAUGUACGAGCGCCUGAACCGGCUCUACAUGCGCGUCAGGGAGGAGGAGCGCACCUGUCAGCUGUUCGCCGCUGUUGCCGUGCACACGCUGCACCGCAGCUUCGAGACGGUGGUGGAGAAGGCGAGGGGCGUGUCCCAGCUCGAGCUGCUCUACGAGGAGUUUGCGCGCGAAGAGCAGGCCAAGCAGAAGCACAAGGAGGCGAAAAAGAGCAGGCGCAAGCGCCGCAAGGGCAAGGCGCUGUGCGAGAAGGCGCGCUGCGAGUUCGCGCCCGACUGUCUAUGCCCCGCCCCCGGCAAGCCGGACGGCGUGUGCGAGUGCUGCAGCGACGACUCGGACAGUCGGGAGGACGCGCUCCUCGACCAAUCACGAUGCAGCAGCGACCUCUGGGCGGACGACUGCGACAGCAAGGAGCUCUGCAAAUGUGACACAGUCCCUGACAACCCCAAGGACCCGGACUGCGACUACUCGGCCAAUAACAACUGUUGCGAGUCGGCGUCGCUCGACUCCAGCCUGUCCAGCUCGCCAGAGGACUCGGGCCUGGCCUGCUCCGACAUUUGCUGUCAGCCUGCGGACUUUGGCAGCCAGUGCCGCUUGACCUGCGGCGCCGGACUGAGUCUGCAGGAGAUGCUCGAGGGUCCGAGCGAGGACGACGAGGACUGCUACAUAACGGCCGAGGAGGUGCGCGAGUUCAAAAGCAAAAGCCGACAAAUCUACGAGAAAAGACGCGAGCUGCGCGAGACGCUCCAGAAGCGGUUCGCGCAGUUCUGCCACAAUGGGCCGCUCAUCGUGCCGCGCCUGCUCGUCCAGACCAAGUACGCCUCGAAUUGAGCGCGCGCGCGCAGCCCCAGUUGCUGACGAAAAGGACACAGACGACAAGCGGCCCCCCAGCUAUCCGAGUACAGUGGGCGCGCGUGCGCGCCCAACCCCUGUAGUAGUCCACUAAGGCUGCGCCGCCCUUCCAAGGGGGGCGGCGCCCCCCUGCAUUCCAUAUCCAGUUGUUCAAUUAAUUUAGUCGAUUCGGGGCGCCGCUGGAUCUCAAUAUAACUCUAUUGAUAUUAUCUACA